UUCCAAAUUUGAGCUCCUUUUGUUUCUCCCCUUGUCGCCGCAAGGAGCACUAUGGAACCCAACUUUCCUCUUCCUUUCACUCUGGAUCAAUCAACACCAUCCUCUUGUUUGUCAUGUUAUCACUCUUUCUCAGCUCGCAGAGGGACAACUGGUGGAAAUAGAAUUGUGGUUUGAGCUGUUCGAAGUGACCUUGAUCCUAAUAUCGAGGGACAGAGCUUAGGAAAAUAGGUCGUUGAAUAUGUUGGAAAGGAGCUACCUACAUUACCGAUUUCCAAACAUACUGAAAUUAGAAUUUCAGAACAAAAUACCUCCGUUAUGGCAACAUCAGGGAAUCAAACUCUUGUUCCUGCUGGAGAGAUACUGCAGCAACAACAAAUGGAUGUUUCGUGUGUUCGCAAUAAUCAACAAGGUGAGGUUAUUUCAAAUAUAGUUGAUCGUGUUGGAGUUAAAGUGCAAAGUAGUGAAACAUGUUAGAAAAUGAGAUAUUUCUAGAUGUCUUUUGUUUAAUUGUUAUUUUCUUAAAUAUUAUGUUAAGUAUGUAAAGGAAAGGUAGUCCUUGUUUUAUGGAAUAUGUUUUGUAAGAAAGUCAAUAGUGGGUGGAUAUGUAUGGUCCUCUACUAACUUUGGAAAAGCUUAUGUAGAUAUAUGUGUGUAUGCUUUUAAAAAGCUAAAUAUAUGAAUGAAAUUUCUGCUGCUGAACCUUAUUUUUUCUCUCUAAAAGUUUCAAAUCCUAACAGUGGUAUCAAGAGCCCUUCUUCUUGAGGGAUCUGUGAAGGCAAGAAGGCUAAGGUUUUUUCUCCUUCUAAGGUGAGAGCUGAGCAGCAGUAACAUGGCAUCCAACAGCUUCUUGGGUGCAGGCCCUCCUAUGUUUACAGGAGAAAAUUAUCACAUAUGGGUGAUAAAGAUGAAGGCUUAUCUCAAAGCUCUUAGUCUAUGGGAAACAAUUGAAAGUGAAGAUGAUCCUCUUCCACUUGGACCAAAUCCAACAGUUGCACAAAUGAAGAUUUAUGAAGAUGCAAAGUCAAGGAAACCCAAGGCUCUCACAUGUCUUCAUUCAGCACUUUCAGAUGUGAUUUUCACAAGAAUAAUGGCUUGUGAAACACCUAAAGAAGUAUGGGAGAAACUAAAAGAGGAGUUCGAUGGAAGUGAUAGAGUGAAGACUGUCAAACUCUUAACUCUCAAAAGAGAAUUUGAGAUGUUAAGGAUGAAAGAAGGAGAUACUGUGAAAGAGUAUUCUGCCAAACUUAUGGAGAUUGUAAACAAAGUAAGGCUGUUUGGUGAAACCUUUCCAGAUUCAAGGGUGGUGGAGAAGAUGAUGAUAAGCUUACCAGCAAGGUUUGAGUCCAAGAUUUCAGACUUCAUUUGCAUAAUUCUGGUAAGAAUUGAAGGGGAUACUGCAAAGAAUAGGCAAGCUUUGGCUUAG